AUGGAGUUGCAGACUCUACAGGAGGCUCUGAAAGUGGAAAUUCAGGUUCACCAGAAACUGGUUGCUCAAAUGAAGCAGGAUCCGCAGAAUGCUGAUUUAAAGAAACAGCUUCAUGAACUCCAAGCCAAAAUCACAGCUUUGAGUGAGAAACAGAAAAGAGUAGUUGAACAGCUACGGAAGAACCUGAUAGUAAAGCAGGAACAGCCAGACAAGUUCCAGAUACAGCCCUUGCCACAGUCUGAAGGCAAACUGCAAGCAGCACAGCAGCAGCCGCUGCCGCAGCCCCAGCAGCAGCAGUACCACCACCACCACGCCCAGUCGGCCGCGCCCGCCCCCAGCCUGACCGCCUCGCAGAAGACUGUAACUACAGCUUCUAUGAUUACCACAAAGACACUACCUCUCGUCUUGAAAGCAGCAACUGCGACCAUGCCUGCCUCUGUUGUGGGCCAGAGACCUACCAUUGCUAUGGUGACCGCCAUCAACAGUCAGAAGGCUGUGCUCAGCACUGAUGUGCAGAACACACCAGUCAACCUCCAGACGUCUAGUAAGGUCACUGGGCCUGGGGCAGAGGCUGUCCAAAUUGUGGCAAAAAACACAGUCACUCUGCAGGUUCAGGCAACAGCUCCUCAGCCCAUCAAAGUACCACAGUUUAUUCCCCCUCCUAGGCUCACUCCACGUCCGAACUUUCUUCCACAGGUUCGACCCAAGCCUGUGGCCCAGAAUAACAUUCCUAUUGCCCCAGCACCUCCUCCCAUGCUUGCAGCUCCUCAGCUUAUCCAGAGGCCCGUCAUGUUGACCAAGUUCACCCCCACGACCCUCCCUACCUCCCAGAAUUCUAUCCACCCCGUCCGUGUCGUCAAUGGGCAGACUGCAACCAUAGCCAAAACGUUCCCCAUGGCCCAGCUCACCAGCAUUGUGAUAGCUACUCCAGGGACCAGACUCGCUGGACCUCAGACUGUACAGCUUAGCAAGCCAAGCCUUGAGAAACAGACGGUUAAAUCCCACACAGAAACAGAUGAAAAACAAACGGAGAGCCGCACCGUCACCCCGCCUGCUGCCCCCAAACCCAAACGGGAGGAGAACCCUCAGAAACUUGCCUUCAUGGUGUCUCUAGGGUUGGUGACACAUGACCAUCUAGAAGAAAUCCAAAGCAAGAGGCAAGAACGAAAAAGAAGAACAACAGCGAAUCCGGUGUACAGUGGUGCGGUCUUUGAGCCGGAGCGAAAGAAGAGUGCAGUCACGUACCUGAACAGUACGGUGCAUCCCGGGACCCGGAAGAGAGGUCGUCCUCCAAAAUACAAUGCAGUGCUGGGGUUUGGAGCCCUUACCCCAACAUCCCCCCCAUCCAGUCAUCCCGACUCCCCUGAGAAUGAAAAGACAGAGGCCACAUUCGCUUUCCCUGCGUCUGCCCAGCCUGUGUCCCUGCCCAGCCCCACCUCCACAGACGGUGAUAUCCAUGAGGAUUUUUGCAGUGUUUGCAGAAAAAGUGGCCAGUUGCUGAUGUGCGACACUUGUUCCCGUGUAUAUCAUCUGGACUGCUUAGACCCUCCUCUGAAAACGAUUCCCAAGGGCAUGUGGAUCUGUCCCAGAUGUCAGGACCAGAUGCUGAAGAAGGAAGAAGCAAUUCCAUGGCCUGGAACUUUAGCAAUUGUUCAUUCCUAUAUUGCCUACAAAGCAGCAAAAGAAGAAGAGAAACAGAAAUUACUUAAAUGGAGUUCAGAUUUAAAACAAGAACGAGAACAACUAGAGCAGAAGGUGAAACAGCUCAGCAAUUCUAUAAGUAAAUGCAUGGAAAUGAAGAACACCAUCCUGGCCCGGCAGAAGGAGAUGCACAGCUCCCUGGAGAAGGUAAAACAGCUGAUCCGCCUCAUCCACGGCAUCGACCUCUCCAAACCUGUAGACUCUGAGGCCACUGUGGGGGCCCUCUCCAACGGCCCGGACUGCACCCCCCCUGCCAACGCCAGCACCUCCACGCCGGCCCCCUCCCCACCCUCCUCCUCCUCCCAGAGCUGCACAGCGAACUGUAACCCGGGGGAAGAGACUAAAUAA